GCCUUUUCUGUGACGUUUAACUUUGGUUAUAUCCCCACGUGCAACUCUGUUGUUCUCUCACAUCGCAGGAUCGCACUAGUGUCUACGGUGAUAAAACUGCAAAUUUAGCUUGAAGCGGAAGUUUUAAUCGUACGUUUUUAUUUUUGCCGUUUUGCGGCGUCUACGUUGUAAAACCCAAUCAGGUCGGAUACAAUGAAGUACAUCAUUGGAAUAGGGGGUGUGACUAAUGGUGGUAAAACCACCCUGACGAACAGAUUAAUAAAAGCCUUACCAAACUGCUGUGUGGUUCACCAGGAUGACUUUUUCAAGCCGCCGGAUCAGAUAGCAGUCGGAGAGGAUGGCUUUAAACAGUGGGAUGUGAUCACAGCUUUGGAUAUGGAGGCCAUGGUGAACACCGUCAAGGGCUGGAUGGAAAACCCAAUCAAAUUCGCCCGUUCUCACGGCAUCCAGGUGACCCCAGCCACGGAAAUGGACGACCCUGAGAGCCAAGUGCACAUACUCAUCGUAGAAGGAUUUCUGCUGUACAACUACAAGCCUUUGCUGGAAUUCUUUGACAAAUCAUAUUACAUAACCAUCCCAUACGAGGAGUGCAAGUCAAGGAGAAGAACAAGGCAAUACACCGUCCCCGACCCUCCCGGGCUCUUUGACGGUCACGUGUGGCCCAUGUACCUGAAACACAGAGGUGGCAUGGAGAACUGUGGUUUGCCGAUCGAAUACUUGGAUGGCUUGAAAACGAAAGACGAAAUCUACAAUCAGGUUCACGAAGACAUCCACAACACACUCCUGAAUCGUUUAUAGCAAUAGGAGUUUGCCGCUGAUCAUCUGUACAAUAUUGUAAAUAUCAAUCUUACUUGAUGUGGCCUUUUUUUUUCUUUUUAAUGGAAUGUAACUUAAAUACUUGUGGAGGAACCUUUUUGCAUUACCAUUUUUUGGACCGUGUCCAUAUUUGAAUUCG